CUGGCACCUUCCCUCCCAGCAGCAGCAUAAAGAGCUGGCGCGUGCCGGAGGGGCACUGAGGACCACGUGACCGCCCCUCCCAGUCGGCCUCCCCGGGGAUCGACACUUUGUUCAGGAUGCUGCCGCUGGCCGUCCCCAUUGUGGACUGAAGACCCGGCCCUUUCCUGCUCAGGCAUCACCAGCUGAGAGCGUUCCAGAGGACGCGGGGAGGGAGGGUGGCUGGCGGCAGCGGGGAUCCCCCGCCGUCCGGACUGACUGCUUGGACUAAAAGAGAGGAACUUCGAGCGGUGCGCUGGGUGUGUGCCGGGGGGGGUGUCGAGGACUGUAGGUGGAUCUUCUUCUCGCCUCCCCGACGCGAAGAAGGAAGAAGAGGCAAUGGGGGCAGCGCAGACCGCCGAGCAGGAUUGAUCCUCCAUCAACCAAGCCUUGCUGAUGAUGAAUGGAACAGCCAAUGUGAACGCAGCUGGACGAAGCCAUUAUGCCUCCUCCAUACCUGUUCCCAGAGCUGCAUCCCACAGCAAGAUACACACCCUGGCAGCAUCUCCCAAAUUGCCCCCAAGACAGAACAGCGUGGGAGCUGUUCCCUCACAGACGGCAUCAUCACCCAGGACAGGGAAGGGGCUGGUUAGCUCAAGCAGUAGCGCUCCAAAAGGAUCCAAGCAGAAGCUUGUUCCCAAGGCACCAGCGGCUGCAAGCUCUGGGCAGCAGAAAGCAGAGGUGUCUGAGAGCCAUGGUGGCUCAGAAGGGAUGGACUCCAGCCUCAGCCUAAGCAUGGUGUCUGGCUGCAGCAGCCCCCGGCGGAUGCAGAAGUCCAGUUCCAGAGCCACUGGGGCAGCUAAGAAAGCUGUCAUUCAAGCAACAGAGAGAGGCAAGGACACCUCAAGACACGGGGAAGAUAACAGCAGCACGGGGAAGAUUCCCAAGAAAGGUCUUGGGAAGCCCAGCACAAUUCCUGAACCUGCAAAAACCCCUUCCCUCCCAGGAAAGAGCCCUUCCUAUCUCAGCUUGUACAGUGAGACUUUGAUGUCACGGUCUUCAGAGGGAUCCACCACAAAGAGGCCUCAGAGCUGUCCAGUAAAAGGCCAGUGGGCCUCAGAAGCCAACUGGAAAGGAAGUGGAACAUGCAAGCCAGAGGAAAAGCCUCCAGUGAUCUCACUGGACACAAGCAACCUUAAUAAGGGCCCUGUGCUACACACUGGACCCAUCAGUUUUAAUUCUGUGCCACAGCACAACCAUCCUAUCAUGGCCACUGUGGCCCCAUUCCAUUAUCGGCGACAGGGUGAGAAAGAGAGGAACAGCUCAUCUAAUGAGGAGACUGCAUGUGAGGAGCAGCAGCCCAACCUUACUGAAGGGCCUGAACAUAGCCUGAGAAGCAUGGAGGCUGGGCUUUUAAAUGGUUUCCUCGCGGCAGGCGGGAAGAAGAUGCUUGGCAGCGGCGGCGGCAGCAACAGCAACGACGUCAAGAGGCUGCAGCAGGACGCGGAGGUGAACGGCGAGGAAGGGCCCGAGGAGCCGAGGGGUUACAAGAAGGCGUCGGCGGCGUCCGAGGGCAACAAGGCCAUGAUGCAGAAGCGCGCCAACGCCAAGGGCCCCGCUGGGGUGGCUCCGAAGGCGGCCGAACUGAAGGUCUUCAAGUCGGGCAGCAUGGAGGGCCGCGUGCCGGUGGCCUCGAACCUGCGCAAGCAGAAGUCGCUCACUAACCUGUCCUUCCUGACGGACAGCGAGAAGAAGAUGCAGCUCUACGAGCCCAAGUGGAGCGACGACAUGGCCAAGGCGGCCAAGGGCUUCGGCGGCCGGAGCCUCAAGGGCGGCAAAGAGGCGCCGCCGCUCAUGUCCAAGAACCUCUCCAGGUCUGAGCACUCGCUUUUUCAGGCUAAGCUCGCCCCGGCCGCCGGCAACAAGCCGCCGCCGCCGCUGGCGCCGCUGCCCUCCAACCUGGGCAAGCCCAGCCGCAUCCCGCGCGGGCCCUACGCCGAAGUCAAGCCCCUCAGCAAGGCGCCCGAGGCCGGCAACGGCGACGACCUCAAGUCGGAUGACGAGAUCCUCUCCAGCAAAGGCAAGGCGGCUCAGCAGAAGCAGCACUUGCAACAGCAGCAAACGGCGACCCCGCCGGCCGGGAAAGGAGCGCCACCGGAGGAGAAAGCUUUCCUGAAAGUAGAUCCCGAGCUGGUGGUCACCGUGCUGGGCGAUCUGGAGCAGCUGCUCUUCAGCCAGAUGCUUGAUCCUGAAUCCCAGAGAAAGAGGACUGUGCAGAAUGUGCUUGAUCUGCGGCAGAACCUGGAGGAAACUAUGUCCAGCUUGAGGGGCUCCCAAGUAACUCACAGCUCAUUGGAGAUGACGUGUUACGACAGUGAUGAAGCCAAUCCCCGCAGUGUGUCCAGCCUAUCAAACCGUUCCUCACCCCUCUCCUGGCGCUACGGUCAGUCCAGCCCCCGCUUGCAGGCUGGGGAUGCCCCUUCAGUGGGUGGGGGAUGCCGCUCAGAAGGCACCCCCAGCUGGUACAUGCAUGGAGAGCGUGCUCAUUAUUCCCACACCAUGCCCAUGCGCAGCCCUAGCAAGCUUAGCCACAUUUCCCGCCUGGAGCUGGUGGAGUCACUUGAUGCUGAUGACGUCGAUCUCAAAUCUGGAUACAUGAGUGACAGUGACUUAAUGGGCAAGACAAUGACUGAGGAUGAUGAUAUCACCACAGGCUGGGAUGAGAGUAGUUCCAUCAGCAGUGGCCUCAGCGAUGCCUCUGACAACCUCAGCUCAGAAGAAUUCAAUGCCAGCUCCUCACUCAAUUCCCUGCCUUCCACCCCCACGGCUUCCCGCAGGAACUCCACCAUAGCGUUGCGCACAGACUCUGAGAAGCGCUCACUGGCAGAGAGUGGACUGAACUGGUACGGCGAGCCAGAGGAGAAAGCUCAGAAGAAGAUGGACUAUGACAGUGGGAGUCUGAAAAUGGAGCACAGCUCCUCCAAAUGGCGGCGGGAGCGCUCUGAAAGCUGCGAUGAGGCUCCUGCCAAAGGCGGAGAGCUGAAAAAGCCAGUCAGUUUGGGCCCACCAGGCUCCUUGAAGAAGGGCAAGACACCCCCUGUGGCAGUGACCUCUCCCAUUACCCACACAGCCCAGACUCUCAAAGUGGCAGGUAAGCCUGAAGCAAAAGCAACAGACAAGAGCAAACUUUCUGUGAAGAAUGCGAGUCUGCAGCGCUCAUCUUCUGAUGCUGGCCGAGAUCGGAUUUCAGAUGCCAAGAAGCCUCCUUCUGGGCUGACCCGGACCACCACCUCUGGCUCCUUUGGCUACAAGAAGCCACCUCCUGCAACUGGCACAGCCACAGUGAUGCAAGCUGGUGGCUCUGCUACCCUUGGUAAGAUCCAGAAGACCUCCAGUAUUCCAGUCAAGCCAGUCAAUGGGAGGAAAACCAGUUUGGAUGUCUCUAAUGCUGGGGAGCCAGGCUUCAUGGCCCCAGGGGCCCGCACCAACAUCCAAUACCGUAGCCUUCCACGUCCAGCCAAAUCUAGCUCCAUGAGCGUGACUGGUGGGCGCAGUGGGCCGCGGCCUGUCAGCAGCAACAUUGACCCCAGCCUCCUCAGCACGAAAGGCAGCAUCUCUGUCUCACGGCUCAAGGAACCCUCUAAGAUUGGCACAGGCCGGAGCACACCGGUGCCAGUGAAUCAGACAGACAGGGAAAAGGAGAAGGCCAAGGCCAAGGCUGUGGCACUGGACUCUGACUGUGUCUUGCUCAAGAGUGUUGGCUCUCCUGAAAGCACCCCGAAGGCUCAAGGCAGCCACCAAACUCCUGCCAAAGUGGCUGAGCUGCCACCAACACCACUCAGGUCAGCUGCCAAAAGCUAUGUGAAAGCUCCUUCUUUGGCCAACCUGGAUAAGGUGAACUCUAACAGUCUGGACCUUCGUCCCUCAAGCGAGCUCCACCAAAUGCAUGGUGGCAAACUGCAGGAGCCGCACUCAGCCACAGUGAAUGUGGGCACCCACCUCACAUCGUGCUUCACACCAAGCCCUGCUCCAGUCCUUAACAUUAACUCUGCUAGCUUCUCCCAGGGCCUGGAGCUCAUGGGUGGCUUCAGCAUCCCCAAGGAAUCCCACAUGUACCCCAAGCUUUCAGGAUUGCACAGGAGCAUGGAAUCCUUACAGAUACCUAUGAGUCUACACAGCCCUUUCUCUUCAGGCAAUACAACUGCUUCCACUGCUACUCCCACCCCUCCUGUUGCUGCUGAUGAGGAGCCCAGUGAGAUGGCCUGGACAGGAAGCCCCAGAAUCACACAUCUGGACAGCUCUAACCGUGAUUGGAAUACGUUGCCAAAGAAAGGACUAAGGUAUCAAAUCCAGUCCCAGGAAGAGGCCAAGGAGAGGCGGCACUCUCACACAAUUGGAGGACUGCAGGAAUCAGAUGAUCAAUCUGAGCUGCCCUCCCCUCCUGCUCUCUCCGUGCCAUUGAUUGGGAAGGCACCACUCACUAAUAUUGUGAGCCCCACGACAGCUAAUACCCCAAGGAUCACCCGCUCCAACAGCAUCCCCACUCAUGACUCCACCUUCGAGCUGUACAACGCCUCCCCCAUGGGCAGCACCCUCUCCCUGGCAGACCGGCCCAAGGGCAUGAUCCGUUCGGGAUCCUUUCGUGACCCUGUGGAUGAUGGUGAGAGUCCUGCACCCAGCCAGGAGGACAAGAGUCUCCUCCUCAGUAAUAAUGUUCACGGAUCCGUGCUGUCCCUGGCGUCCAGUGCUUCCUCCACUUACUCCUCAGCUGAGGAGAGGAUGCAGUCUGAGCAAAUCCGCAAACUGCGCCGUGAGUUGGAAUCAUCCCAAGAGAAGGUGGCCACACUGACGUCCCAGCUUUCGGCCAAUGCUAAUUUAGUAGCAGCCUUUGAACAGAGCCUGGUGAACAUGACUUCCCGUCUCCGACAGCUUGCUGAGACUGCAGAAGAGAAGGACACCGAGCUGGUGGACUUGAGGGAGACUAUUGAUUUCUUGAAGAAAAAGAACUCAGAAGCCCAGGCUGUUAUCCAAGGGGCCCUAAAUGGAACUGACGUUACACCCAAAGAGCUGCGAAUCAAGAGGCAAAACUCAUCAGACAGUAUAUCCAGCCUGAACAGCAUCACCAGCCAUUCCAGCAUUGGCAGUGGCAAGGAUGCAGAUGCCAAGAAGAAAAAGAAGAAAAGCUGGUUGAGGAGCUCUUUCAACAAGGCUUUCAGCAUCAAGAAGGGCCCAAAAUCUGCCUCCUCCUAUUCUGACAUAGAGGAGAUUGCCACCCCGGAUUCUUCUGCACCAUCAUCCCCCAAACUACAACAUGGAUCCACAGAGACGGCCUCACCCUCUAUCAAAUCUUCCAACUCUUCUUCUGUGGGAAUUGAUAACACUGAGCUGUUCCAGACCAAUGAAGAGGAGCCUGAGAAAAAGGAAGUCUCAGAGCUACGCUCAGAGCUGUGGGAAAAGGAGAUGAAACUGACCGACAUACGUCUGGAGGCCCUAAACUCUGCCCAUCAGCUGGACCAGCUGCGUGAAACUAUGCACAACAUGCAGCUGGAGGUGGAUCUAUUGAAAGCUGAGAAUGACCGGCUGAAGGUGGUUCCUGGACCUUCCUCUGUGCCAAGCUCCAUCCCAAGUCAUGUAUUGAGCUCAUCUGCUGCCUCUUCUCCAAGGCGCUCUCUAGGGCUCCAACUCCCUCACCCUUUUAGUCCCAGUUUGACUGAUACAGAACUGUCACCAAUGGAUGCUAUCAGUGCUGGCACUCAGAGGGAUGAGGUGACGCUACGAAUUGUAGUGCGCAUGCCACCUCAGCACAUCAUCAAAGGGGACCUGAAGCAGCAGGAGUUCUAUCUGGGCAGUUACAAAGUGAGCGGAAAAUUGGAUUGGAAGAUGCUGGAUGAAGCUGUGUGUCAGGUCUUCAAGGACUAUGUUACCAAGAUGGACCCUGCUCUCACACUGGGGCUCAGCAUUGAGUCUGUCUAUGGGUAUAGCAUCAGCCACGUCAAGCGGGUCUUGGACACAGAGCCACCAGAACUGCCACCUUGCCGACGGGGUGUGACCAGUAUUGCUGUGACAUUGAAAGGUUUGAAAGAGAAGUGUGUGGACAGCUUGGUGUUUGAGACCCUUAUCCCCAAGCCCAUGAUGCAGCAUUACAUAAGCCUUCUGCUCAAGCACCGACGCCUUAUCCUUUCUGGGCCAAGUGGAACUGGCAAAACCUACCUGACAAAUCGUCUGGCUGAGUAUUUGGUGGAGCGCUCAGGCCGUGAGGUCACUGAUGGCAUUGUCAAUACCUUCAACAUGCACCAGCAGUCAUGCAAGGACCUACAACUUUAUCUCUCCAAUCUGGCCAAUCAGAUUGAUCGGGAAACAGGGAUAGAUGUACCGUUGGUCAUCCUACUUGAUGACCUCAGUGAGCCUGGAUCUAUCAGCGAGCUUGUCAAUGGAGCACUCACCUGCAAGUACCACAAAUGCCCCUACAUCAUUGGGACAACCAACCAGCCUGUGAAGAUGACUCCAAACCAUGGCCUUCAUCUCAGCUUCAGGAUGCUGACAUUCUCCAACAACGUGGAACCGGCCAAUGGCUUCCUGGUACGUUAUCUACGCCGAAAGCUGCUUGAGUCUGACAGUGAUGUUAAUGCCAACCGGGAGGAGUUGCUGCGUGUGCUGGACUGGGUGCCCAAACUCUGGUACCAUCUGCACACCUUCCUGGAGAAGCACAGCACCUCUGACUUCCUCAUUGGUCCCUGUUUCUUCCUCUCAUGCCCCAUUGGUAUUGAGGAUUUCCGGACUUGGUUCAUUGACCUGUGGAACAAUUCCAUCAUCCCCUACCUUCAGGAGGGAGCAAAGGAUGGGAUCAAGGUGCAUGGACAGAAAGCUGCCUGGGAGGACCCUGUGGAGUGGGUGCGAGACACGUUGCCAUGGCCAUCGGCCCAACAAGACCAGUCAAAGCUCUAUCACCUUCCUCCACCUAGUGUGGGGCCUCACAGCAUUGUUUCACCCCCAGAGGAACGGAGUGGCAAGGAUACUACACCCAACUCUCUUGAAUCAGACCCCUUGAUGGCAAUGUUGCUGAAGCUCCAGGAAGCAGCCAACUAUAUUGAGUCUCCUGACAGAGAAACUCUGGACCCCACUGUGCAGUCCACACUCUAAAGAUGACUGGAACGGAGACUGGAGUGAGCUGGUCUCAGCUGCCUUCGCUCCUUGUUCUUCUUUGUUUUUUUUGUAUCUGGAACCUGUGGUUUGGAAAAGAACACCACAGAGGGUAGGGAGGUGCUCAUCACUUGCUUUGGGAUCUGUGCAGAUGGACAAUGAAAGAGGCAGUUUGGUCCUUUUCUGCAAGAUACUGCUCCCCCCCCCCAAUCGACUAUGGUGGUAGGAGAAUGGUAGUUUUUAUUCCUAGGCUUUUUGCCUCUAUCUAAACUCCUGAGCUUUGCAGUAUGACGGGGGCAUUAAUAAACCCCUUGGAUCUAGGGUUCCCAGCAUCAAAGUUCCUUUGUGGGGCAAAGGCUCAAGACCAUCUCGCGGAAUUGGCCACUGCAUUUUUGCAGGGCAGUGCCAGCAGGCCGGGGCAGUAGACAAGUUUGUGGUUCCCUAAAAUGAGGAUCUUUUUAUAAUGUAAAGAAAAGCAAAAACCCAGAAAAGAACCUGGCAGUAUCGGAGUAGAAGAGUCACCGCUGCAGCAAACCAGCUGCUGCUGUAGCUGGUUCCCCUCUUGAUGCUUCCCUACCACAACAAACAUAGGCAAAGCCCUAGGACUGUUAACUCUGUUUUUGUGCCCUCCUUAUUUAAUCUGCAUGAUCAUCCUUCUACAUACAGACUCCCAAUAAACUCUGCUUUGUUUCCCUCCCCCUUUAUUUUAUUUUGGUUAAGCUGGGCCAUUCUGUUUGCCUUUUGGUUCUAGGAAUUCUGUUUUUGAUUUAACUACCUGGCAUUAGUUCCACACAAAGGAGCUAUGGUUUCUUAGGUUUUUGUUGUUGUUCAGUUCACCUUUUUCUUGUUUUACCAAUCUGUAAAUUACAUCAGCGUGGUCCCUCCCAACUAAAAUUGGUGCUGACUGGAUGACUUCCAGUAACGAAACUCGCCUUGUGAGUCCUUGCAGCUUGCAUCAGAUGCACACAGGGUUGAAUCGGCAGCACAACCUUCUUAAAGAUGCACAAUUUGCUGGAUGGGCUCCCCUUCCUGUCCCAUUCUUUAUCAUUCCAUUCCUAAAAGCACAAGAGGCCUACAGACUAGAACCAAAGGUGGGUCAGAAAAUGUUCUGUUGUGGUUCCCACUUGCGCAGGAAAACCAUCAAAUGCCUCCCAAACUAAAGAUGUCUCCCAACUCUACCCACAUACUGACUUGCUUGCGACUCUCCUCUUCUGCUCACAUUUUGCAGAAUAAAAAUGUAGCACGAUUGUUUCAACAUUCUGUCCAUGUUGAGAUUUGGGUGUUGUUUGAUUUCCAGAUAAAGAGCCAUCCAUGAGUAGGCCUUCCAAAUUAAGCAAACACUAUUUCUUUUUCUACCCUGGUGCUGUUGGCUAUCUUCACAGGUGCAUAGUAGUGCUCUGAUUUAGGCUAGGUCUACUUUCCUAUACUGAUAGAGAUAUUUGGGUUAGAUGUAUAGAACUGCCUUGUCUUGCCUUUUGGUUCUAGAAUUUCUUGCCUUACGUGAGUUUCCAUGCAGCUUCUAUCAGGAGGCAAAAUUUCUAGCUGUUGGUUAGCCCUCUCUGCAAAUGAGAGUGAGGUUCAUGACACAUUUCACAAGCCCCUCAACCUCCAGAGGCCUGAUUAGCAACUAGGUUUCCUGAAGAGUUGCUUUGAAAAGGAAGUUAGCAGUGCAAAACCAGCAGCUCAAACCCUAAUGGAACUCAUUGGUUUUAGUAUGUUACUAGCUGAGGCCACUUUGUGUGAUAUCUUCUGCUUGGAUGUUGCAUUGUACAGGCAUCAGUAUUAGAAACCUGUGGCCUGGAUAAAUUAAGGUAGAAGUAUGGACCUAGUUUUUAUAGCAGAAAAAAAGAGAAUCUUCCUUUGCAUUUCCUCUUUAGCGGUUGUAGGAAUUGCGUCACUUAGCCAGAAUGUAAGAAGCCAGAUAAUUGUUAGGGUCUCCAUAAUGCAGAUCCUGGCUUGUCCAACUUAAGUAUUGUAGGAGUUCAAUAAUAAUUUCAUACUAGCACAAUAUAGAAAGCAAAAUUUCAGCUCUCCUGGCACAGCGUAACAAGCUUUACUUCAUGCAGUAUUCCCUUCCUAUCCAGUGUUUAGUUUCACUAAUAUAUCAUGCUAAUCUAACUAUCAUCCCCUCACUGUUCUUAUGAUACAGAAGCCACUAGGGCUUCUUUUACACUGAAUGGUUAUUAGCCAGCUCCAUGGAUAGAUAAACUGUGCCAAAUACCUCAAGGAUUGCACUUGAAAUCACUAGAGGUCCUACUUAAACCCAUAUGUUUCUGAACAUUUAUUUAAUAAAUUUAUUCAUAGCAUUUUUAUCCUGCUCUUUAGCCAUAAAAGGUAAAAUCAAUAGUAAGACAAGACACACAAGGAAAAGGGCAUGGGGUGGGGGAAAGGCAAGCUCGGGCAUCAAUUCUUAAAGUUACAGUUCUUUUAUAACUACCAGCUGGGAUGGAAACAGUUUUGAUCGCCUGAUAGAUUGGCUGUCACUAGGUGAUGUCUGAGGGAGGGCCAAAGGCAUCUGGUCUCUCAAGAGAGGUGAUGGGAUAGCCUUGCUUUGCAUUUCCCCCUCUGUUCUGCAGCCUGAUGGAAUGGCUGUUGCUAGGAGACAUUUGAGUGACAUUGCCCGUAUUUUCAGUAUUUUCUCUGCAAUCAUGAGGUCUAGACAUUGUACUUUUUAAAAGUGAGAGUGGAGAUUCUCAGAACUCCAGAUUAUGUGCCAAGUUCUGCACUUGAUCAGUCAUCGUAUAGAGUGUGUAUAAUUUUAGGUCCCACCCCCCAUUUUUGACAGAAUGAGCCUCCUGAAAUUAAAACAUAAUUGUUGUUUCCUUAUGUAACUAUAAUGUAAUUGUAACCAUAAGAAGCGGGACCUGCAACAAAACGUUGCAGUGUGGAGCACUCAUUCUCUCUCCUCCCAACUUCCCAUUCUUCUCCCCCACCAUAGUCCGCAUUCUGUGUCCACUGAGCAUUGUUCAUUCUUCAUUGGGCUGGUUUUCUUUUGUUUUUUGUUUUACCUUAAAAUAUUUUUUGUACUUCAAA